CUCCGCCUGAGUGGUCUGGUUGGUUCAUCAGACGACGUUGACGGGUCCCUUGACAGUCCAUUCGUCCCAGUUCAUCAGCUUGCGGAAGGUGCGGUACCGGUCAGCCGCGAAGGCCCCCGCACCGACUCCAUACAGGCCGCACCCCACCAGCAGCAGUCCCAGGAAGGUUCGGUCCUCGCUGGCCUCACCUGCCGAUGACGCGAAGCUGCGAACGGCGCUCGUCGGUCCCCGCUGGAACAAGGGCGACACGCGGGGCAGCGUUGCGGGUUUGCUGAGCGAUGUCAGGGCUCGGAGGGCAGACAUAUUCGCCAACUGGUGAAC